AUUGUCUAAACGGACAGCGAAACGUUGGCGGCGGCGCUAGGUACUUCAGAAAUUCGGCCAGCAGUCAAACGCAGUGACCGCGGUCACCGUUCAGUAUCGACUGAGCUGUGGUUCUGGCCGGAUGCAUCGUGUCGUGUGCAAUUGAUAGCGGUGCGAAAAUGAAGAAAGUCAUUGAAGGGAUGCUAAUGAUACCGCUUCUCUUGCUGGUAGUGGAGGCCAAAACCCACGCCAGGCAGGUGGUGGUGCAAAUGGAAAAAUCCCGAUCGUAUGCGUUGAACGACCAACCGGUCGUGGGAAUUCUCUCUCAGGAACUGUCCUAUUUGAUGACUCAGAACUACGGCGACCAAGGAUACGACAGCUAUAUUGCCGCCUCGUAUGUGAAGUUUGUCGAGGGGGCCGGAGCACGUGUGGUGCCGAUCUGGAUCAACCAACCUCCGGAAUACUAUGAAGAGAUAAUGGGCAAUCUGAAUGGUGUGCUUCUGCCAGGCGGUGCAACGUGGUUCAACCAAAGCAACGGAUAUGCUGACGCCGGUCACCACAUUUACGAUAUUGCGAGGCGCUUCAACGACAACGGAGAUUACUUCCCCGUCUGGGGUACCUGCCUCGGAUUCGAGCUGCUUACCUAUCUGGCCGCGAACGGCACCGAUCACCGGGCCCACUGUAACUCCAGUAGCCAGGCCUUGGCACUCAACUUUAAGGACGACUUUCGCAAGAGUCGGUUGUUCGCGCAGGCUCCUAACGAUGUGGUUGAAAUUUUGGCUAACGAAGCCGUGACUGCGAAUUUCCAUCAGUUCUGCAUCACCGAAACUAACCUAACCGAGUACGGAUUAAGCGAUGAAUGGCGCGUAAUGUCUGUCAAUCGUGACUGGAACGGGAUGGAGUUUAUUUCCACAAUCGAACACAAAACCUACCCGUUCUAUGGCAUUCAAUUUCACCCGGAAAAGAACACCUACGAGUGGAUAGCGAACAAAAAUAUUCCACACACAGCCAACGCUGUCCGGGCGUCACAGUACUUUGCAGAUUUUUUUAUCGGUGAAUCGCGCCGCAGCGAUCAUCGGUUUCCGAGCGAAGCGCAACUCGAACGAAAUGUCAUCUAUAACUAUCAGCCAACUUUCACUGGGCUUCAGCGAUCUAGCUUCGAACAGUGCUACAUGUUCGGUGAGUCCAUCAAAGUGCUGCCGAAAAGACGCACAUACAAAGGAAAGAAGAAAACCUUUCUCAACUGAUGUCUACAUUUCGGCCAGACGAACAAUACGGUUUAAUCAGCGAAGACAAUAGCCACACAGACGCGAGCCAAUAACAAUGCCUAAGUCUGAUUCUGUAUGAUAAUAACGUUGCGUUACGACGGUGGUCGCCAUAAGACGAGACUUCUUUGGAUGGCGGAGAAAUCGGAAAAAAUACAAUACUCUUUCAAUAGAUAGCGUUUAUCGUUGCGUGUGCUUUUAAAUCAAGAUUGUUUUUCUGUUAACCACUCGAAAUAACAGUGACUAUCUGACAAACUACACAAAAGCCUAGAUACGUGAGACCAAGAAAUAGCCGUAAUAAAUUCAUUUUUAAAACUACGGCUUCAUCUAUGUAACAUAACUUUAGAGCCUUAACAUUGGAAAAUGCUUUUAAAAUUAAAUUUAUAUGCUAUGCAAUUUGAAAUCGAUUUAUGUACCGUGGUGUGGCAAUAGCACUGGGACCCGCUCUCUCGUCAAGAAGCACAUUAGUCACACAAGAACCACAUGGGGUUCCCACAAAGCCAACGUAAAACUUGCCAUCAAAAAAUCCCCAAACAACAUCGUUGAAGCAAGGAUCGCAGCAGCGGUUGAGUAUUUUAAUGGUUCAACAACAAUGCUCUUAACACAUGGCCCGAAAAGUCCCGGGCCUAACCCAUAAAUAGCGCUAGUCUUAUUGCAUUCACCGCUUUUCAGUUAGUACAAACCUUCAAAAGAAAGCCGUAAAAAUUAUGUAUAUUCUACUCAUAAGUUUGAGUUACUAUCCGCUCUAUCAGAACCAACAAUAAAAAGUUGGUUUGCAGACUUCAAACGUGGUCGUAGAGACACGUGACUGUGGACCAAAAACAAGAACGUGCCGAUGAUUGGCCACGUUUGUCCGUAACAAACCAGAUGUUUGUUGUCGAUAUGUAACAAUGGAUCCAUCAUUUCGCUGGAUGGAU